GCGGUGCGUGCUUUCACUUUUGCCCUUACUGUGGUUCCACCGUUUGGUACACUGCAGAUGCCGACAAUGAGCGGAUUGGAAUCAAGAUCGGCUGCUUCACCGACCCGACGUUCCCCCCACCAAAGCUUUCGGGUUUUGAAGGCUACAGGCAUCCUUGGGCGUUGGACACUGCCCAGCUUCAGGUGCAGCAUAUAAAAUGA